AUGCCCAAAUUAUAUGCUAAUGUGAAAUGGAUCGGAGGGGACGACCACGACAAGGUGACAGUAGGGAUCCCAACAGAGUGGAUCCUGAAUUUCAAUUAUGAAGAGUUUCUAUCAGAAAACUUCGACCCAGACGAGUCGUUUGUCAUUGAAUGGAGAGAAUCAGGGAAAAAACCACCGGGGGGCUGGCCUGUUUUCGAUGGCUUAGUUCUUGAUGAUGCAGCAACCGUUGCAGCAUUAGAACGCAGGAGUACAAAUUAUGAAUACCCUAAAUCACCUCGAGUUGUGACACCAAAAACAAUAAAGACAACAGAUCAGGCUCAGGCCUCCAGCUUCCAGGCUUCUGGCUCACAGCAGAAAAGAGCUCUUGAGACACCGAUAAAUCAGGUUAGAACUAAGAAGAACCUGCUGAUGCAAUUUUCAAGCGACGAGGACACCGAAGAAGAGGAAGAAAUUGCGGCCCAGCGUACUCCCCUCUCAGCCUUGAAUCACUCGAAGAAGACCAAAGGACCUAAAGGAGGCUCAAAAGUUGCAAAUGAUGGUGAAUCCCAUAACAAUGAAGUUCCACUCCAUCCCGAGGAGGAGGAGGAAGAAGACAUAAUCAGGAAUCAAGAUCAGCAACUCGAUGGUCAGAACGAACGUCGCCAGCAUGGACCUGAUCUUCUCAACCAGAAUGAACAAAGAGGAUUGGAGAAUAUCGCUGCAGAGCUCAAGAAUUUACUUCAAGAGAAUAUUAGGCUUCAGCGACAAGGAGUGCAGAAUGAGGAGCCAAACCUGGUGGAACUUGGCCAAAGAGGAAGCGGAGUCACGGUCACAGCAUUGCAGUGGAGUGCAGCAAAAGAACAAAAAACGUUCGCUUGCAUGGCAGUCUCACUUGUCAUGUCUGUGUUUGAUCAUGAGACGUUACUUAAUAGUAACGUAAAGGGUGGCAAGAGCAAAAUCCACAAGAAUACCGACAAUGCACCUAGACAUCAACGACUCGAUCCGCAUAAACUCGAGGCAAUCCCAGGUAGUUUCUCCACACUUCUGUAA